AUGUCCGGACCCCUCCUCACCAACGGAACCUUCCCCCCCACCGAGCUCAUCAUCACCGUCCUCAAAACCCAAAACUAUGACUGGACCCGCAACGACUGGGCACUCGCCAAGCAAGCCGUGCGUGAGGCAUGGCGCGAGAAACGCGUCGCCCACCCGCCGCUGUGCGACCAGCGACUGGGCGCCGUCGUGUUCCACGUGGACUUUGUGCGGUUCUAUAUUGAAGCGCCCGACGCGCGGGACGGGCGGCCGCUGCUGUGGGAGUAUGCGGGCCGGGCCGAGUGGAGGUGCUGGGGCCAGUGGUGUUUCUGCGAGGGGGAUUUUCGAUUUGCGGUGGGGGAGUUUAAGCGGGUUCUGGGGGUGCAAAUUGAUCAAUGA